AUGACAAAAAAUAAGCUUCAAUUUCACGCAGAUCAUAUCGGGUCCUUGAUUCGACCCGCCUCACUGUCCGAGGCACAGGAAAAAGCCGACAAUGGAAGCCUCGCCGGCGCUGACCUACAAGUCGUCCAACGAGCAGCCAUAAAGGACAUUGUCCAGAAGCAGUUGGCACAUGGCGUGCGUGCCAUCUCUUCCGGCGAAUACGACCGCAAGUACUACUUCUCGGGCUUCUUUGAGAAGCUGGACGGCUUCAAGGAGGUGAGCCCGGUACCGGGGGAGCUCGCGCGCGUGUCGGCACCACCGAUUGCGGCCUUGAAGAAGGCUGGCAAGCAGUACCCGAUGGCAGCCAUUUGCCACGGCAAGAUUCGGCGGCUGGAGAGCCCAUACAUGAACAGCUGGAAAAUGCUACGAGAAACCCUGCCGAGGGAGAAAUGGAGCGCGUGCAAGCUUACGAUGCCACCACCAUGCUAUUUUCACUUGCGCUUGGCCAAGGGCAAGUGCUACAGUCCCGACGCGUACAGCAACGAUGCCGAUUUCUUUGCCGAUCUUGCCGUGGCGUACCAGCAGGAGAUCCAGGCUCUGUACGAUGAGGGCCUGCGCAACCUGCAGAUUGACGAUCCGACGCUCGCGUACUUUUGCUCCGAGGAGAUGAUUAGCGCGCUCAAGGCUGAAGGCGAGGAUCCCGAGGCGCUCUUCGCGCAGUAUCUCAAGGCGCACAACGACUGCAUCGCGAAGCGCCCGGCGGACAUGCACGUCGGCCUGCACAUCUGCCGGGGCAACUUUGCCAAGUCGAUGCACUUCAGCCAGGGCUCGUACGAGCGCAUCGCGGAGCGCUUCUUCGCGACGCUCGACUACGACACGUUCUUCCUCGAGUACGACGACGCGCGCUCGGGCGGCUUCGAGCCCCUGCGCCACCUCCCGAGGGGAAAGAACGUGGUGCUGGGGGUGGUGACGACCAAGGACCCGGCGCUCGAGGAUGCGGGUGAGGUCGAGCAGCGGGUGAGGGAAGCGGCGCGCAUCGUGGCGGCCGGGCAGGGCAUCAGCGUGGACGAGGCCAUGGACAGCAUCGGCAUCAGCCCGCAGUGCGGUUUCGCCAGCGUGGCGGUCGGAGCGGACGGCAUGACGGAGGGAAAGAUGUUUGCCAAGCUCAAGUUGGUGCAGGACAUUGCAAAGGAGCUCUGGCCGUGA